CUCCGACACGUUGCAUAUCCAAACCACGAACACACACCCACUGUUUCUGUUCUCUUUCUUUUUGGUUAAAAAAAAUUAAAAUUUUUAGCCGUUUUCACGUUUUCGAAUCUGCAAUCACUGUAGUAGUAUAUUGGUGUGGAGUCAUCGAUUUGGUGUUUCUUCACCAAGGUGAUAUGGCGGAAAGUGAGAAGAGUGAUGUGGAUAAGGAGAUAAGAUCGUCGGUUUCGAGCUGCGAGGCCUAUUUCGAGAAAGUUCAGUCGAGGAAGAAUCUUCCCAAAUCUCUUCAAGAUACCCUCAACUCCGCCUUCGCCGGUAUCCCCGUCUCCUCCUUCCCUCAAGUUCCCGGCGGCAGAGUGAUUGAGAUUCCAGCGGAGACAUCUGUAUCAGAAGCAGUAAAGAUUCUCUCAGACAGCAAGAUUCUCUCAGCUCCCGUCAUUAACAAAGACCACGAGACCUCCCUAGACUGGAAGGAGAGGUACUCAGGAAUCAUCGACUACUCCUCGAUCAUCCUAUGGGUGCUGGAGAGCGCAGAGCUCGCCGCAAUCGCCUUAUCCGCCACGUCAGCGACCGCAGCCGGCGUCGGCGCAGGAGCCGUCGGCGCUUUAGGCGUUGCGGCCCUCGGCGUCACCGGUCCGGUCGCUGCAGCGGGGCUAGCGGCGGCUGCGGUUGGAGCAGCGGUCGCUGGCGGCGUUGCAGCUGACCGCGGGAUCGGGAAAGAUGCUGUGACAGCUGCUGAUAGCUUGGGGAAAGACUUCUAUCAAGUCAUUCUCCAAGAAGAGCCUUUCAGAUCAACCACUGUUGGGACAAUACUUAAGUCCUUUAGAUACGCUCCUUUUCUUCCGGUGUCUACUGAGAGUUCAAUGCUGAGUGUUUUGCUGCUACUCUCUAAGUACCGGUUAAGAAAUGUACCGGUGAUUAAACCGGGAGAGCCGGAUAUCAAGAACUACAUUACUCAGUCUGCGGUUGUUCAUGGUCUUGAAGGCUGUAAAGGCAGAGAUUGGUUUGAUCAUAUCUCUGCUCUUCCUAUCUCUGAUCUCGGCCUCCCUUUCAUGUCUCCCAACGAGGUGAUUAGCAUUGGUAGCGAAGAGCUUAUUCUUGAAGCGUUCAAGAGGAUGAGAGACAGUAACAUUGGUGGUCUUCCUGUUGUUGAAGGGGCGAACAAGAAGGUUGUUGGGAACAUAAGCAUGAGAGACAUUAGAUACUUGCUUCUACAACCUGAAGUCUUCUCCAACUUCAGGCAACUUACGGUGAAGACUUUCGCGGCGAAGAUUGCAACGGCGGGGGAUAAAUAUGGUUCAGCGAGUCUUGCGAUAACAUGUAGGCCUUAUUCGACUUUGGGAAGUGUUAUAAACAGUUUGGCUUCGAGGUCAGUGCAUAGGGUGUAUGUAGUGGAUGGAGAUGAGGAUGAGCUUUAUGGGGUUAUUACGCUGAGGGAUGUGAUCUCUUGUUUCGUGUCUGAACCUCCCAACUACUUUGAGAACUGUCUUGGCUUCUCGGUCAAAGAAGUGCUUAACCGAUGAUGACCAUCUCUUGUUUCUCUGCUUCUUGGUUUUCUUUGGUUCUUUCUUGGUUUAGAUUCUGAAGAAGUUUGUUUUUAUAAUCUAAUUUGUAAGCCACUUUUAAAGUUUUAAAGUUUCUGUCUUAAAUGGUACAAAGGUUUGGAGUUUUGCUUAAAUUGUGAAUUA